AUGGCAGAAAGACGAGUAAACGAUCGCGAACAAAAUCAAGAUGAUAAUGCGGUUCCAGCGGCAAUUAGAAAUAAUAACAUGUCCGAAGAAUGCAUCGUACUGCUGGAGGAAUUGAUCCGCAGCAACCGGGCUCUGGCGAGCGAAAAUGAAAAGCUGCGGCAGCAGCAAGAGUGCAGCAACAAAUCAAACUUAGAGGCUCUUCAGCGGAUUGAGAACCGUCUUGAAACUGGUGAUAAUGGAGCCAAAGUCCGUCGGCGCCAAAAUAGACAGAAGCGAAGGACGAUAGUAGUUCCACCAGCUUGUCGAGUGAGUAGAAAAACUUAACUGAUGAGCAUAUAUAUGUUCAUGAUUUGCUGAAUUCAGUUCUGUUUCGUGGAAGAUUUGCUUUUAUGUUGAGUACGUGUUUGGCGCGCAAAUUAUAUGCAUAACUCAAUUAUUUAGGCGGUAAUCAUUUGGCAUAAUUAUGUGUGGUUACAUUUAAUUGAUAAUCCCCUUUACCAUAAACAGGUCUACCAGAAAGGUUUUUUCCUCCCUGUUUCAACGAGAAUAAUCCAGUACGAAAAUUCAUGUUAUUAUCUUUUCUCUUGAACCCUUUUGACUUUCCCUGAUUUAAUCACACAGAUGGGUAAGGUUAAUUGUACUUGUGUAAAAAGCGUGGAAGUAGAAAUAGGGGAAAGGUGACAAAUUGAUUGUUGAAAUUAUUUCAAUCUUUUAGAGAGCUGUGAGAAGGAUAUAUAAACUUCUUUUAAAAAAAGACGACUUUGGUGGAUUUUAUCUUGACGAAGAGUGAGUAACAUGUUAUUAUAUUCAAAGAUAUUUUACUUUAUAUUGAUUAAACCGUGAAAUCAGAGUCUAAGCUGCUGCUAGAAAUAUUGAGAUGUUAUGUGAAUACCUUAUUGUUGUUGCUUUUGUCUAAGUGUUAAUACUGUUAAAACAGAAUACGUGGCUUAAUCACGGUGUUUGUUCUUGUCUCAGAGUAAAUUCUGAUAACAACUAUGGAAUUUUUGAGCACACAGUAGAGCAGAUUGUACAUCAACAGGGAGGACCUGAAAAGUGUCCCUGGACAAAGGAUAUCAUUGAAGGUAGCUAUCAAUAAUCAUAGCACAUGCAUUUCACUUUCAUUGGGGUGUCAUUAUACUAUGUAAAAGUGGCGUAGAAAACGAAUUUGAAAUUAGUUUUGUCCAAUUCGACUUAUUUUUUUUUUGCAGGUGGGCAUAAGAAUUUGGCACUUGAGCGUAUUGAUGUAUAUCUCUUUUAUAACAAGUUGAGUUUCACUGAAGGCCUUGGCUUAAAAACAUCUAGACAAAAUUGCGAUUUCUGGGUGCUGGAGCAGAUAAUCACACCGGAAACGACUAAGCUAAAUAUUUUCUGUUUCAUCACAGUUGGUCAUUUUUCUAGAGCCCAGUCCUUGAAAAGAUACUCAAAAUGAUGAAUAUUGUCCCUGCUUUUAGUCUGUACCAUCAGUUAGUGUCUUUAACCACUUUUCCCUCAACAAAAAUUCAUCAUAGAACUAGCAUUCAGUAACACAGUUAGAUAUCAUGCAACUUCUAAUGAGCACCCUCAUUAUAUGUUUCAAAUUUAGGACAAGAGGAAGGGUAUAUUUUAAAUUUUUUCCUAAUUUACAUAAUAACUUUCUCAAAUGUUGCAGAAAUUUAAUUAUGUUGCAAACUAGAACUUUCAGGUUAAUUUCUUGUCUCUGAAACAUUAAGUUCAGUGUAAAUCCUCAACAAAGCUUACUUCACACCUUAGCAAUGAAUCACCAAGGACCUACUGCAAAUUUAUAUAACUUGGCAAAUAUUCCUAUGCGGCCAGCCAUAAAUGAUUAUAAAUUUGAACAUUGUCAUUUAUUUAUAUGGGAAUCUUUUUAUAAUCAACUUCUCAUGGCAUUUUGAUAAUUAUUUCUUUGAACAGCUGCUUUACAAAGAUAUUUUAAAACGUGCCUAGAAACACAUAAGCUGAAGAGCAGUAAUCGCUAUGAGGCACAUAAACAAAAAACAAGAAAGAGUGGUCGCCAAAGAGAGGUAUUUAUUGGGAUACUAUUUUAACAUUUUACUUUUCAUAUACCCUGCUGUUUCCCACUGAAUGCAUUUUUUUUUGCCACUUCAAAAUUGGAUGGCUUUGCAUAUAGACACUUUUAAGGGACUGUGUCCUGUCAAAAUUGUUUUGUGCCUAUGAGAGCAAUUGUUAAAUGAAUUAUGUAUUCUAGUCUGUAUCUAGAGCCUUCCUUACAUAGAAAAUCUUUGUAAAGUAAAUUUGGUAAUUGUAUAAUAUUAUUUUAAAGAUGGAUCUGUAGUUGAGGAAAAGAAUGAAAAAUAUUAAGAUGUGAUUUGAGAUCAAUGAUAGCUUGUAUGGGGCAUUUGAUGAAAAAUAAAGGACAAGGAGACUCUUUAGUAUAACAUGCUUAAGAAUUCCAUUCUUAUACUGUGUGCACAUGCAUAUCAAGAGAAAUUAGUAAUUUGGAUCAUAUUUUCCAUUUGAGGUCUUAUAAUACCCUUCUCAUGCUUGUUGUAUAUUUUUGUUUUUUCAGAAGUUAAUGAGACGAACUACAGCCCUGGAGCUGGUCAACUGGGCUGACCAGCAUGAAAAGGGGAGAGUGGCGGAGGUUCUUGUGAUGGAGGCGAUGAGUAGUGAAGAAAGCUGUUACGAGGAUGAUGAUAUAAAUAACUCAAAAUUAACAAAAUACUCUGUCCAUCGCCUUCCAUGGGAGAGUAGAAGAAUGAAAAAAAUAAAAAAAAAACUUGAUAAGGCCUAUAAGAAAAAACUCACUUCAAGAGCUAAGGAGAGAAUCCUACCCAGAGUUGAUGGGCAACCUUCUCUGAGAUGCCCACCAACUGAAAAUUUUCCAGGGUGGGCAAUAAGGCAGUAA